AUGCAGAACCAUAGGACUUGGAGCUGGGCUUUCCUGGGUCUGUUUAUGAUCAGUCUUCAUCUUCCAGCUUUCUCUGCCAGGAGCAUCAGAUGGACCGAGGAAACAAACCUGCAGGAUUUGGGAUCGGACCCCCUGUUUUCUGGAUACCCCUCCUUGGUAGACCCCUUGGGAUCCUCCAUUCCUGACCAUCCUUGGCUCAGACCACAUCCUCUGUCUGAUAGCUCAGAGACUAUUGUUCCUUUGGGCCCCGAUGACUCUCUAUUUGACCACUCUUGGCAGUAUGGAAAUUCUGGGCUCCAAGGAUCUCUCCUGCAUAAGGGCGCAUCAGUCCAGGGCUCCCUGCCCUCUGAUGAUACUUGGCAAAUGAUGGCUCACACAUAUGAUGAUUCUUUGCCUGACAGUCCUUCCCACCCUAUUGGUGCAAUACCCUCUGUGGCUAGUGGGUCCCAGACAGUAGUUACUCCUCCAGGCUCAAUCAAUUCGUCCCCUGAUACCCCAUCCCUCCUCAAAGACACUGAGUCUAAGCGGCCUCCCCGUUCUGAUCCUCCAGGGCCACAGGCAGAAAUCCCUACCCAGCGCUCUUCCUGGUCCCUCAACAACCGAAUUCGUCAGAGGCCUUUGCCUGGUCACCCAUGGGGGACUCAGGACAUUAAUCCUGGGGUGUCUUGGGGGAGUCAGGGUCUUGGGACUAGAAGGCCAGCUAGACUUCCUGUGGGAAGCUGGGGAAUUAGCAAUCAAUACCCAGGUACCAGCUGGGGGAACCAACAUCAGUAUCCAGGCACUAGCUGGGGGGGUAAUAAUAAAUAUCCAGGUACCAACUGGGGGAUUAAUACUAGAUACCCAGGUACUAGUUGGGGGGUUAAUAAUUGGUACCCAAGUAUCAACUGGGGAGGCAACAAUGGAUAUCCAGGGAACAGCUGGGGGAGAUAUCCAGGUACCAACAAUCAAUUUCCAGGGAACGUGUGGGGAAUUAAUAACCAAUACCCUGGAGCCCCCCGCCUUCCCAGCUCUUCCUGGAAUGUCCCUCCUAGAUACCAAAAUCACCCCUGA